AUGAGACAUCAUAUAUGUAGGAAGCUAAUAGUUCCAGAAAUCUCGGCCGACCUACUACAAGAAUUCACUCGCUUUGCCCAGUUUGCUGCUUUAGCGGCUUGUGAUCAGAACAUCAACGCCACUGGAAAAAGGCUAACUUGCGACCAUCCACUAUGCGGGCUGGUGGACGCCGACAAGACCAAAAUCAUCGAUAUAUUCCAAAAUCCAACCGGUCCCAAAGGCUACAUUGCCUUGGACCACACAAAAAAGCUGAUAGUGCUUGCUUUCCGUACAAGUGUAUCCCAGCAAGAUAGCGACGUGGACUCCAAUAAGGAGCCCAUGAAAAUCGAAGAUCUCUGUCCUGGGUGCUGGGUGCAUUCGGGGUUCUGGUAUUAUUGGACGAGUGCCAAAGACCAUGUCAUCUCCCAGCUUCAAACUGCCAUAGAAUCCCACCCAGACUACAGCUUGGCGGUAGUCGGACACAGUCUGGGCGGUGCUCUCGCGACUCUUGCGGGCAUCGAUCUCCGUCAAAAAGGAUUUAUCUUGGAUAUUGUAAGAAUGUUGAUGCACAGUGGUGGCAAUAUAGCUGACCUUUCGCAGUGGACAUUUGGAUCUCCCAAAGUAGGCAAUUACAAGUUGGCUGAAUUCAUCACCAACCAACGUUCCCCCGUCAGCGUGUACCGUGCUACCCAUUAUACGGAUAUUGUACCGAAACAACCGUCGGAUACUGGCUACAGCCAGCCUUCGCCUGAAUACUGGAUCGAUUUACCGAGUAAUGAGACCGUCACAACGAGUGAUGUGAAAUAUAUUCAGGGAAUCAACAGCUUGAAGGGUAAUGGUGGUCAUAAUGGAACGGAUCAAAUGCCUGAUCCGAACCAUGAAUGGUACUUUGGGAAUAUGCGCGUCUGUAUCGACCCGGUUGAUCUUAUAUCGAUUGGGGAAACGGAAGUAUAA